AUGUUGACUCGACGCAAAAUCAUCGGAGUCACAACCAACGGCAGCGAUCAUAUCGUGAGCACCUUGAGGCUGCCUCUGAGCCAUCAGCUUUCCACCGGCCAGCUGCCCAUGACCCCAUCUCUUGGCUACUCCCCAGACAUUGCACCGAAGACGUUCGCAGUUGGUGGUGCUGUAUUGUUGCUGCCGGACUAUCAGAUCCUCGCCCUCAUCUCUUUUACUUCUUACAUGGAGCAGUCCAAAGACACUUAA